AUGCCAUUUACCGAUGACGAAUGGGAUCGAGUUUUACAAAUACCAGUGAAUAUUCCUGAAAACAUUUCUUCAAUUGAUACCGAUUAUGAAAACAGAAACCUAACCAAUAUCACUAAUUAUAUUCAGCAACUUCAAACAAGUUCUAGUGUAACUAGUACUAUUAAAGAAAAUACAGACGAGCUAGUUAAAGUGAACCCUGCUAAAAAAACGUCUGACGGUUAUGGUCCUUGUCCGGAGUGUCUAGGUUUUAUGAUAAAAAGGCAUAUAUGGCACCAUCUUAAAUACUCAUGUGUCUAUAUGAAAGACAAAAGUAGUUGUGAAAAAUCCUCACGACUACCAGCUGCUGAAAGCACCUCUCUACUAAAUGGAAUUUAUGGCCAUAACUUAUCAGAAGAUUUUCGUUCAAACGUUUUAAAUAAAUUGCGAAAUGAUGAGAUUUCUGAAAUAUGUCGCAAAGAUAAUCUUAUUUUACGAUUUGAAGCAUUUUUGUAUGAGAAACAUAGCAGCACUCAAGCGGAACUUAUUAGACAGUCCAUGCGGCAACUUGCGAGAUUAACAAUUGAGCUCGCCAAGAAAAAUAGCGAUGUGCACAAUUUAAUUGACGCUCUUACCCCUGAAAAAUUUGAUGCUGUUGUCUUAGCGACAAAGUCCCUUUGUGUAACAUCGAAGGAAAUAGCGAAGAGAACUGAGUUUGGAAUCCCGUCUUUAGCAUUAAAAAUUGGGUAUUCUAUUAGAAAAUGCAUUGGCAUUGAAAGAGGUUUAUGUUUACGAAAGGGCGACCUCAAAAGAAAUGAAAUAUUGCUGAAUUUCUUGUCAAUUUUAUAUUUGGAGUGGAGUGUCAGAAUUUCAUCCAAUGCAUUUUCUACUUUGCACUCUAGAAAAUUUAAUUCUGUUGACUUACUUCCAGUUAGUGGCGAUUUAAUUAAAUUGAGCAAAUUUUUAGAAUUUAUGAUCCAAGAAACAAAGAAUGAUAUGGAACGAAAAAAGAGUUUUCAAAACUGGAGUAAACUAGCAUCACUUACUUUAAGUCGUAUCAUUCUUUUUAAUAAACGACGUUCAGGAGAAGCGGCAAGGAUGAAAAUUGAACAUUAUACGAAGAGACCACCGUGGCAUAAUCAUGGUAUAGCAGAAAUGAAAGAAUCUUUAACGGAAUUUGAAAAUAAGUUAGCAAAUGCUCUAACAGUAGUAGAAAUAAUAGAAAAGAGAGGAAGGAAAGUACCAGUUUUGCUAACUAAAGAAAUGAAAGAAUCUGUCGAUUUUCUACUGGCAACUCGCUCAUCAGUGGGAGUGCCCGAGGGCAAUCCUUUUGUUUUUGCUCGACUAGGUGAUUUAAAUUCCUAUUUAAGAGGUCAUGAUUGCAUUAAAAGAUGGUGUUAUGAAGCAAAUUUGGAGUCGCCAGAUACAAUAACAAGUACAAAAUUACGAAAGUUGCUGCUAGCAGUGGACCAAGGAAAAGCACAUACAUUUGCUGGAAAAUCUUUAAAGGAUAUUGAGGUCAAAGAUUUACCACCUAUAGAAGAGGAUCCAAUCGAUCAAAAUGAUGAAGAAGUUGAAAGGGAGAAAAGGGGGAGAAAAUAUAGUCAAGAGGGAGAAAAUAUAGGGAAGAUUGAUGAGAUUUUACCAUCUCAACCAUUCAUUGGCAAAAAGGAAAAUAAAACUAGGAACAAUAAACCUAAAAGAACGAAAAGGGAAGCGGCUUUAGGAAGAGUUCCGUGGGAUAAUUCAGGAAAGGAAGUUUUAUUGAAGAAAUUUAAAACAGAAAUAAAAAAUGGAAUCGUACCAGGGAAAGAUAAAUUUAAUUUGUGCAUACGUGCUCAACCCGACAACAAUGCUGACAAGGGCUCGCUACGUAAAGGUGCGUAUACAUAUGGCGAGCACAGCGCGAGCCGAGCACGAGCCGAGCCUGCCACAAACUCAAUUCGUCAUAUGUGUACUCCUCCCGCGAGCGCCUCGCGAGCCGCUCACAGUGUGAUCGUUGCGAUCCAUUUCUUGUCGGUUUUUGCGACGAACACAAAGGAGCUCGCAGUUGUAAUAUAG